UUACCUAACAGUUCGCGUGAUGUUGAUGUCAGUCUAACCGACAUUACAAUUUUGUUAUUCAGAGACACUGCAAGAUGACGGAAGAAGACGGUGUUCAGGCGUCAGUGGGUUUUUUACAAGAGAUUUAUACAUCACCCCUGAAUUUGAGCCUUCUAUGUCUGUGUAUCUAUUUGCUUUAUAAAAUAAUCCGCGGCGAUAAACCACCAGAGUUACCGAAAGAAGAGGAAGAGUUGCCAAAACUGAAGAAGAGGGACUUCACGCUAGCAGAGCUCCGUGAAUUUGACGGGAAGAGGAAUCCGCGGAUUCUCAUGGCUAUUAAGGGCAAAGUGUUCGACGUGACUCGGGGAAAGAAGUUUUAUGGACCAGAGGGCCCCUAUGGGGUGUUUGCUGGAAGGGAUGCCUCCAGAGGGUUAGCAACCUUUUGCCUGGAUGAGUCUGCACUGAAGGACGAGUGUGACGAUCUGUCGGAUUUGAAUGCCAUGCAGAAGGAAACGCUCAGCGACUUUGAGAUGCAGUUCACUCACAAAUACCACUAUGUGGGAAAACUUCUGAAGCCAGGAGAGGAGCCAUCGGAGUAUGCCGAUGAUGAAGAUGAAAAAGACUCAAUGGACAAAAAGAAAGAUUAAAAACUAAAAUACAAAAGAAAAAAAAUGAAAGUAAUUCCUCCAUCCCUUAAAGUUUGCUGAUAGCUGUCAGUUAAUUUUCUAGUUUACUUUAAAGUAACAAAUUACUGGGGGCCUCUUGCCUGUUAUGUAGGGAGUUUUGAAGGUUGAUUAACAGUAGUUUAAACUAACUAGUGUUUUUUUAUCUUUAUACUCGGACAUGUAUUAAAUUUCCUUGAUGUCUAUAAAUCCCUAAUCAUCUUUGUUUAUGCUUUAGAGGUACCAAAUAUAGAAUUCAUAAAUUUCUAAUGUCGGCUGCAGAUGACUGACAGAUUUUACUCCACUAUAACUCCCCAUUUUAUCAUUUAAAUUCUUCAUUUUUACUGUGUAAAUCAAUGUUACUAUAAUUUGAAAAUUGAAUAUAAAAGGCUAUCAAAUAAGGGAACCUUUAACAAAAUGUGAAAAUAUGAUAUUUGCAGGAAUAUUUGUGUUACAAAUAUCAAUGUAGAAGAGUAUAGCAGGACUGAAUUAAUGGUGGGUCUUUAAUGCAAGGGGUCUUGAUCUUUCACUGAACAUUCCUGUCCAGUUGACUAGUGAGGAUAGCGUCUCGAUUAUUACAGUAUUCUGGACAACACGGAGUCCUUUCCAAACUGCUAAGCUUAUUUUAAUGGAUGACAAAAUGUUAUCAUUUUACAUGUAUGUGCAUACAGAUUUAUAUCUACUUUAUAUUUGUCUCUAAAGAUUGUCUAUUAGGAAGGUUGUCCUUUAUUGAUUAUGUAGAAGGUGACCAGAUUUUAUGUUUAAAAACUUCCAUCAAUGGAGGGGAGUUUACAGAAUUGAAGUAACCUGCAACCCCACAUACUCAGGUUUUAGGAUAUGUAAGGUUGAGAACUGAGGGAUACACCUUGAUAUUAAAAACCAGUUAGUUACCUUAAAAUGAGCGCUGUGUGAAGAUACGCAUCUUCAUAAAAUUUCUCAUGUAUACAAUAUCACCAUUCUGGCACCUUGGCAAUUAUAAAAUGUGAAGGGCAAGAAAAGAGAAAUUCAGACAAAUGAAGUGUUGUUUAUAUGAACUCGGUGCCAUUCUGUUUCAUUAUCUGGGAGGCUCAUUUGAACUCUCGCCAUCCACCAGGGCACUUUGUUGCUUGGAAACUAAAACCUGGGCAUUCUGAUUGGCAUUAAAUGCCCUUGGGCAGCGUGGACAACCUCUGGUUAGACAUGCACGCUAUGUGGGAGCAUUGGCUGGGUUUCUGAGCUCCUGGCUGGUCUGCACCCAAACCUACCAAGUUUAACUUCCUUUUCACCAACAAGCAGUCGUCAUUUCUCGUGUGUUUUAAGAGACGUGUUCCCAGCUUUUUAAUGUGACUUUUUUGCAUUAAAUUAACCAUCAGAAAUAUUUUGGGGGAUUUUUCUCCUUGUCGUUCAACUGAGAUAGCCCUCCUUGUGAGCAGUGAAGUGGGCAGCCCAAUGAAACACGGAAGCCUGUGAUUGAAGGUACAUUCAUUUCUCCUGUGUGUUCAUUCCAUUAAUGAGACAGAGGUUGGUUUGUUUUUUGC